UUCAUUCAUUGUGAAACGCGAUUUGUGGAAUGGAAACAUGUCUGCCGUUUGUGUUAUUUGACGUAAAUAUUGGCGAAAAUAUUGUUCUGUUCGUAGUUAAAUAGUGAUUUUUGGUGCUAUUGCAGUUUUAUAAUGUGUGUGAUUGUGCUAUAAUCAGUUCAUAUGAGGCUGUUAUACAAAAGUGGUCCAAUGGAGUCUCUUAGAAAAUGGUUUUAUAAACCAAAGAGGGAUGACCGGUCGUUGCUAGCGCAGUUCUUCUUCGCCGACGAUGCACUCAACAUGGUCGCGACGGAGUUGGAUUCGUUUGACGGCCGGAAAGACCCGGAGAGAUGCUCUACUCUUGUCAAUCAGCUCAGGCAUGCGCAGGACCGCGUGUUAAAUAUCACAAGUCAAAUAAUGGACCAACUGUUGGGCGACGAGAGGGUGGCACGAGGGUUCCGGGUUAAGUUCCCUGAAGAUGUACUCCAAGACAACCUGGCUGGACAAUUGUGGUUUGGUGCUGAGUGUCUCGCAGCUGGUUCCUCGAUAAUGAAUAGAGAAGAGGAAUCGGCAGCGAUGCGCCCACUAGCCAGAGCGUUAACGCGGAGCCUCGAAACGGUGCGGUCGCUACUCCGUGAGCAGUGUCUGAGGCCGAGGGAGUUGGCUCUGUCCCAGCACGAUGAUAUGCUGCACGAGAGCUUGAGGAUAUUUGACAGAUUGUUCGCGGAAUUCGAACUGUGCUACGUAAGCGCGAUGGUGAACGUGAAGACCCCACACGAGUUCGAAGCUCAGCAGCUUAUCUGCGUACUGUUCUCAGAGAGUCUUCGGCGAGCGCUCAAGCAGAACCUUUUAACACAGGAGCAGGUGGACUCGUACGAUCCAGCAUUGAUGUUCGCUGUCCCCAGGCUGGCGAUUGUCAGCGGUCUCCUUAUAUACUCCAGCGGUCCGUUGAGCAUAGACAAACCACCUGAGGAGAUGUCGGACAUGUUCCGCCCAUUUCGAACCCUGCUCCACAAGAUUCGCUCGCUGCUGUGGACGCUGGAUCGCCGCGAGUUGAUGGCGCUCGAGCGGCUCCUCUGCACCAACGAGGACCUAUCCAGCCUAUCCUCGCUCGAUUUGCCUCUAGGCCCUGAAACUAAAAAUGAGGAUUCAUGCCCGUAUCCGGACAUCGGCGAGUUUGUAUCGCGAUUCUAUGCAGACCAUGCGCACUGUCGGGACCUCUACACGCAAAGCUCCAGCGAACCAACAAUAACGGACGGUGACUACCUACCUGACAAUAUAGAAGUGAUGACGCCCAUCAUCGACGGCUUACGACGGCUCAACAACGACACAGACUCUGAACACGAAUCGAACCGACACUCUGCUGACACGACCAGUACUGAUACAUUCCAAACGAACGACAACUUUCUAGAUACUAGACGGAAAACCAGCAGAGCAGAGAGCAGUGAUAUUUCCAAUGAUAAUUUCAUGGAAGCGACCAGAAGAAAGUCGACCCGCGAGAGCAGCGAUCUCUCAUCGCUCCGUAAUCUGUCGACGAAUGGUCUAAUGAUGUUCGAUCCUUUAGUCAUCAACGCGGCCGCGUCGACGUCCACCGAACGGCCAUUGCCUGACAAUGAUCUAGUGACGUCACUCAACGAGCAAGUAACGGAAAUUACCGAUCGCUUGUCCUCAAUCGUAACUAGUGAUGUCGAAUUGGAUCACAAUCAGAAAUCGUUCUCCACGAACGACGUACCAACCCUUAUAACGAAUGACGGUGAACCGUUCGGUUACAGUGGACCCAGGAACGAGCAGCUAAGCGGUAUGCCAUCAACUAGUCACGGUUACUUAAUACCGAACGCGAUCAGCCAAGAGCCCGUCGUCAUGUCGUUGUCACACAACAAUUCUGCAAUUUUCAAUCAGGACACUGAAAAUUUAGAUAUUAAUAAUUCUAUAAUGAACUCUGAUCUCCCACUUAUAAUUCCAGACAAUAUUGAUACUCAAAUCGUAAAUACAAACAUAUCUAUAGCUAAUGCUAAUUUAAGUUCUCUACUAUUAACCAAUGAAGAGUUCAGGCAAAACUUCAUGGAAGAGAAUGCAGACGACAAUACGAGUUUUCAUUCCGCCAAAAUGACUAUUGAUAGAGAAGAAGACGAAAGGGUUAAGUUUAUGUUAGGUUAUGAAAGUGAACAUGAAUCACCUGUGGAUUCUGGGGUUAGUACAGAAAAUACUAGUUUAGAUAGGUCUCCCGAUACAGAACAGAGUAAAGAUAUAAAAGAGAAUCACUUCAUGCAACAGAACAGGGUAUUAGAAAGUCCUGACGAGAAAGACACCAAAAACACACUAGAAAGUUCCUUUUCAGAUGUAAAUAAUGAUGUUGUAAAUAUAAAUUAUGUAGAGCAGGACACUAUGAAGAACGAAGCUGGCUCUUCUAGGAUAGAUGUAUUAAAUAGACUAAGUUCAGACGAGGAAGGGUUGAAUGAAGCGACCAAUGUUAAAGUUCAAGACUGCUGCGUCGAUCCUACCGAAGACGAAUAUAUGACUAUAGAUGAAGUGCUUACAGAGUUAAGGAGACAUAGAGUAGCUGAUACAAAGAUUAGUUCGUUAGUUGAAGACAAUAAUGUUAGUUCUAGCACGGACGUAGUUCCGGAUUCAUCUCAGAGUAGUUCUAGACAGAAGAGUCGGAAGUCAGGUAGUAAGAGUAAGAAGAAGAAGAGUAAAAUGUGGUCACCGGGAAUGGUUAUAUUGGAUAAUAGGUCCACACAAAACCAAAAUCCGUUGAGGUUAAAUUUGGAUCAUUUUGUUGAUGAAAGUGGUACAUCGUGCGGUACGUCUGAAUGUGCUGAUGAUGAGCAAAUUGCGUUGGCUCUACAAGCGCAGGAGUUGGCGGCCAGGCAGCAGGCGCGGGGAAAGUUCAAGUCCAGCGAAGAUCUAAUACACCGUUUGUUUGUGUGCAUCGCGGGCGUCGCCGACCAGCUGCAAACGAACUUCGCCGCGGAUCUGAGGAAUAUUCUCAAAUCCGUGUUCGUUAUGAACCAAACCCCGGAUGUGCCGGAUAUUCCGGAUCCGCCGCCGGAUGUUAAGUCGGAUAAGUCGCCUACUAUAGAGUACGAGGCAACUGAGGAUCAAGUAAUACAGAAUGGCAGCUCAUUUGACAGCGUGUAUUCUGCAGAAGAGGUAUACGCCGAUAGCACAUCCGAUUCUACGCCGUCGGAAUCGAAUUCGCGAUUGGUGCGGCGGAACACCGUCAACGCGACCACCCUCGCUGCGGAGCAGGCGGCAGACAGUAGAAGGAAGUCAGUAGAUAAUACAAGUAACCUACAAGCUUCCGUGUCCACUGGUGAUCUCAGUUAUAGGGAGGAGCGUCGGGUAGCGCAGACCACAGACGCUACUAGUACAGAUGCAAACACGGGCACCGGCGUAGAACGACUGCCGGAGUGGGUGCCCGAUAUCGCGGCAGCCGCCUGUAUGCGCUGCCAGGCUCAUUUCACCGCCUUCCGUCGCCGCCACCACUGCCGGAACUGUGGUAAAGUAUUCUGCGCAUCCUGCAGUUCGAACUCCAUACCUCUCCCUCGUUACGGCCAAAUGAAACCAGUUAGAGUGUGCGAAGAGUGUUACCAGUCGACAACUAACAACCGGCGUCCACAAACGUCCCAGCACCGGUGAAACAACAAUACUGGCUCUGUCUAGAGCCUACCGGUAACUUAGGCCCGUGUUAUGGUAUUGGUAUUUUAGAAUUACGUCUAGCGAACCAGUAACGUAGAAUUGAAUUCUAUAAUUUGGUACUCUCUAAAUAGUUUGGUCCAAGAGCUCCAUCAACAAGAGUGCAAAUCUUAAAUAGAAAAAAAAAAAGUUUGGCACCGUAGUUUGAUUUUUAGACGCAAUUAGUCUUUAAUAACAGUGUAUGAGGGGUACUAUGGACGUAUUCUAUAUUGUCUAUGCUAUUGGUCAUGUCACUUUACUCCAAACGAAAGAUGGUUACUUUUUCCCAGUAAGUAAUACAUCAGCUUGAUUCUUUUUUCAAUUUGUAUAAAAAAUCUAAUUGUGAUAAAGUCUCUAGCAUGACUUGUAUAGAUAUUUAUCUUCCUACUGUGUUCACGUUUAUGUCGAAUUUAUAUGGAAACAUGAGUUUCCGAAACCAUUCGCUAGAGGCGUUGUUAAGUUUUGCAUACAAAUUAUCAACGAAAACUUUAACCUAAAUCUGUGUUAAAUUCUCACUGGGCAUUCAAAUCGAAAAAUAUUGAAUAGACGUCAAAUACCGUAGGUUCAUUUAAUAUCUAUUCGUUUUGUUUCCAAUUUAAUCGAUUCAAAAGGUAACUUGCUUGUGUAUUGAACUAUUCACUUCAAAUUAGUCUAUAAUGUGUAAGUAUUGCCCUAUAUCUCUUUGUUGGUGUCUUAGGUUCGUAUACAAUCUCCGGAAGAUUAGAUCCUAAAAAGUAAUUGCGAGUAAUUAAACCAAAUCAGACGCUUGGGGAUUAUUACGUACCCAUACUUUUUGGGUCAUUUCACGCUCUAUUACUCAAUAUGUUAUCGCUUCUGCAUGCAUUAUAAUGCAAUCCACUUACUUCGCAGUUUCGUUCUAUAUUUUGUUUGCGAAAGCUAAAGUUUGCUAUUUUCCAUCCUAAUUCUAACCUAUGUGUGCUUUAUGCACAUACGAGAGAAAAUGAGAGGGUUUUGUCCGUAAUGUAAUAAUUAUAUCAUGCUUGCGGUAGCGUAAACGUAUCAACAAAUAGAUUUGUUGCCUUGCUAGAUCAGAUCUGGACAUAGGUAAUUAGGUAAUUUAGGCCCGUGUUUAACGUGAUAGAUUGACGUCUAGAUAAUACUCGUAGUUAUUUGGAUCUAAAUUUAGAGACUACCGAUAGAUAACUAUUUUGAAAUACCAAUACCAUAGACUUGGUAUUAAGCUGUGCCGGUAACUUGGCCCAUAUUUACUGCUUACAGGUAAUUUAGGCCCGUGUAACUUUUCCAUGGUUUCGCAUAGAAAUAAGUAAUCACUUUUAAAUUUUAAAAUUUAACAAGAAAACUAAACAAAUUAUAUGCUUAAGUACAAAUAUACAUGAAAUGUUUACAUCUUGAAAUUUAUCUUUGACUUUUAAAAUUGACAUAGAGUUUGAGCUUACUUCUAUAUGAGGGCGUAACCAAAAAUAUUUAAAAAUGUCUAGCAACUACAGUCGUAAGCAUGCUUCUUUUUUUUUUUACAAAAAACUACUGUUUAUUAUUAUUAUUUAAUAGUUUACAAUUAACAAUUUGCUGUUUAUAAACGUGGUGAAUGUGACAGGUUACCAAGACCUCGGAAAAAUACUUUUAAAAAAUAUUUUAACUAUAAAAAAUAUCAUUUAAGACGAAUAUUACAUUGGUUUCGACUUCAAAAUUUUUAUACUGUCUUUUACAGUAGAUACAGUUGAAAUGUCAACUGUCAUUCGCACCAUGUUACAAUGUACAGAGAAUAGACAAUAUACCGGGCCUUUCGUCCACAUAAUCCUGUGUCGCAGUAAAUAUAUGGAGUAUUAGCUAUAUAUAUAAAUAUUUAUAUCGUUAAUCGUUGACUAAUGCUGUUAUUGUAUAUGACAAAUCUUUUUCCAUAUUGACUGAUGAUUAAAAUUACGUAUAAAUUUAGGUAGCUCUCUAAUAUUGUUGCUACAAUUGUUCGUUAUUAUAUUCAUUGUAUUGUCGUUACUUGCCAGCCAAUGUAUACUUAUAGUUUAUAAUUCGUAACUCUGUUCAUUUAUAACAUAAUCAUAUAUUUUUUUAAAUAUUUUUAAUGCGUCACCCUGUGUUUAGGAGUCCUUAAUUAUAAAUAGGCUCAAAGAUUUACCUUCAAGCAAUUUGAUCUGAUGGGAUUCGAACUCACAUCUUUACUAUCCGACCUGAUUCUGUUCUCAAUCACAUCAUAUUGAGUGGUCGAAGGUAAUUUUUUUAAUUUAUUAAAUUUAUUAAUUACCUACCUACUACUUUUGCGCUAGCUUAGUGUCUAGGUAUGGAGUUUUGUUUUAAAUUUACUGUUUGCAGUGGGCAUUUGCUGAUUUGUUCCGUAGACUAUCAUAUAACAUCCCAGGGAUAAAUAGGAUUUGUAGACACAUUGUAUGCUCUGUUACUAUACAAUAGUCUCCGUCACUGUCCAAUAGUACUUCUUAUAUAGGCUAUUGUUUAAAGUUAUAAAAAGGAAAGAUUUGAUUUUAUUUUCUAAUAGAUAGACACAAUUUUUUUAUCGAUUAAAAAAAUUAUCUAUAGAAAGAUAUGUUGGGACCGAUUCUGACGUGAAAUUUCUCUAAACCUACCUCUUAACCUAAUAUUUUAAUUUAUUAAUUUUGCGAAACUUAUAGACCAUCAUGAACUAAAAUUAUAAUAAAUUUGAUUUAAAUCUAUUACAAAUGUAGUUCAUUUUGGUCCUUAGAAUAAAGAUUUCAUUGCGAUACCAAAUUUUAAUUUUAAUUUCAGAGAUAGGUUUAUUAUGACGAAAUGGUACUUCAGAAUCGGCCCUACUAUCAGCUAAUAAUAUGGGUUAUAUUUGAUUAAAAAUACUAUGCGAAGCUUUAGAUGCGAUAAGUCAUUAGUUUCUUUUAUAUUAUUGACCCUUUCCCGCAGCAUCACUCCUACCUAACAAUUAACUGUCCUCGUAGAAAUUUUCGAAAUUGCAUGGUUUCAUGUAAUUUGUGUUCAAGUUUUUUCACUGUUUUCGAAUGUAAUAAAUAUAUUGGCGCCCGCAAGUAACGCAUUUUCGCCCCAACUGUCUAGAUAAAGUAGAAACGUUCAAAUAAAUAUAUUUUUAAUUAUCUAUACAUACAUACAUACAUACAUUAUAAAGGAUGUUUAUAUUUUUAAAAUCCAUUACCUUUAAUAAUAAAAUAAUAAAUUUUAAAAUUAUUAUUAUUAUGAAUUAAAUAAAAAAAUACUUUUUAAAAAAGAUUCCAUAAUUUUUAUAUUCAAUCAAGUUAGUAUUUUAAGUAUAUAAUAUAUGUAAAUUUUGUAUAGGUUAUAAUAGAGCUUACGUAAUCGUUUGAUAUUGUUAGUACGGUUUUCACAAGUUCAUGUAUAUUCUAGUAAUUAUAUGUCAAUGUAUCAAUAUAAUAAUGUUAUACUUGUAUUGUAAACCUGUAAAUAUAAUUCCAUCUAAUUAGAUAA